AUGAAACACAACCCAUGUUCAUUAUUAUUUUAAUUCCUCACUUUCUCUCCUUUUUUCCCUCACCCUUCUAUAUAUACCGCUGUUGCAUAAUGUUUUUCUAAGUUCUUUUAUUUUUUGGGGGGUGGUUUUGUAUAGCUUUGAUGUUGAUAUUGAUCAAAAGCUGGUAUAGCAAUGAAGGUGCUUAGUACGUGUGAGCAUAUCUUUUCUUGUAAUCAUGAAAAUCCUGGAACAAUUUCGAGUGCCUUUACUUGUCUUAAAUCUUGCCUCACCGAACAUUGGGGUGAUUUGCCUUUGAAAGUUGAUGACUCCCAAGACAUGAUCAUCUACGACUCCCUUAACCAAGCUCUUAACUAUGGUUGGUCUCCAGUUCCACCCCUUUAUUCAACGGUGACAACUGCUGUUAAAUCCGAGCCCCAGAUUAUGAUGAUGACGCCGUUUAUGGAACCGAACCCAUCGGAGCUGACGACCCAACCUAUUGAUGCUGCUGCUGCACGAAAUUGUUUGUAUUUGGAAAAACAAGAAAACAAAUGGUUUAGAAAUUAUGAGAAUGAAAAAGUGGAAAAAGGGAGACACUACAGGGGGGUUAGGAAAAGGCCGUGGGGGAAAUUCGCGGCGGAGAUUCGAGACCCAGCAAGGAAUGGGGCACGAGUUUGGCUAGGCACCUACGAGACAGCUAUGGAGGCUGCUUUGGCAUAUGAUCGAGCAGCAUAUAAAAUGCGUGGUUACCGGGCUUUGCUUAAUUUCCCACAAUGGAUUGGCAACAAAGGGCCUGAACCUGUCAGAACCACCCCCACGCGUCGUCGGGAAGAUGAUGAGUCAGCUUGGUACAAUAGUUCUUCUCCUAAGCGAAAAAGAUCAAGCUUGGAAUCUAUCUAACCAAGCCGGAGUGUAGAGAGACAAGGGGGAGGGAACUUGAACCUUUUAGCCUUAGCUUACACUUUGGUUUUGUUUGUUGGGGGUUUGGACUCUGGGCCCCCAAAUUAAGAGGGUUGUUACGUAACCACGGACCACUUGGGCUUAGUGCCUGUGGUGGAGGGUGUAAUAAUCUUUGAGAAAGGUUGCAUUACCAACUCUCCUAUUAUAAGGUUUUCUAAUCUUUUUGAAAGUGCGUAGUAUCUUUUAAAUAAAUUUAUGAUGGAACUUGUAUUAUAUCACUAUUUAAAAUAUAAGAGUUUGUUUCGAUUGAGAUA